CCAGCGCACUCUGCGCAGCUCUUUAGAGACACAACACCCGAAUACAAUAAUAACUUAGUUGCAAGGAACAAUGGAAAAAUCGUUAAGAAGACAUCAACUGUCAAGAAAACAACCCCUUUCAAGAGACCAACACCAAUCAGUAGCAGAAAAGCGGACAUAACACAGAAAACGAAUAUCCUGAACCACAGACACCUGAAGUCCAUGAGUGUGCUAGAAACAGAUACGACUGAUGUCAACAUGGUAGGAAACCUUUCAGAUACUGAGGAUAGUCGAACCAACAACCAGGAUACCUGGGAAAGACAACCAGAAAAAAAUCUGAUUCAUAUGGGAGAGAAUGGCAAAGUGGAAGAGCCAACAGGAGAACCAAACAUCGCGGUCAUCUUUAGUAACUACACAGAUACCGAGGAAGCAUGCACAGACCCAAUAUCGGAGUUUGAAAACUCCAAACCAAGGUUAGCACCAACACUAAACACAUACAAAACCAAUCGUAAAUCAGUCAGAAUCUGGGAUAUCCCCCAACACUUUUCCAAGAGAGAUAUCACAACAGGAGCCACCAAAUUCGUCGUAAACGACUGGUCAGUAACGGUUGAGGGCACGACAAUGAGAAUGCUCCCAUACUACCGUACAAAAGAAACAAAACUAGAAAGAGAUGAAUUCAGCAUUACACUAACAAAGUUUCCAGACUCGAUGAUAGCUCACGACCUCAGUGACAUCAUGCAACAAGUCGGCGCCAAAGCGUGUUACACACCGCAAACAAACGAAUCGCGCAGAAGGUUCGCAAGUUUAAAUUUCGCCUCCCAGGAGGACCUCACCAAAGCAACGGCAAGCGACAUCGAUUGCAAAGGACACAAGCUCAUAUGGGCGGCCAGAACAGCGAAACUUUGUCACUACUGCAGGGACACUCAACAUAUGAUCGCAAACUGCAAUGUUAAACCUCCGGACAGCACUCGCACAAGAUAUGGGACACAUCCUAGAGACAGAUUUACCACAUAUCGAGAGAAAACACACUACAAUAACGGAAACCAGUAUAGGCACGACGGAUUCAACAGAAGUUACGCCGAUGUAACUCGAGAGGACAACAUGAGCUGCCCCUCAAACGGCAUGAGUCAACUAGAGAAAAGAGUUAGUACAUUAGAGAAAGACGCAGCACACAGACACAUGAAUGAAAUGGAGGAAGACACAGAAUCAACCUCUGACUCCACAAUUUCCACAACAGAACAACUAACCGAGACAGAAGACAUCAAAACAACUCAAAGCCAGAUCAACGAAAAACUCAACAAAAUGGGAGAAACGAUGGCACAAUUCGUGGAGCUAUUCAGUAACAAUCUGUCAGAUCAAAACAGCCACCCCGAUAUGACUAGUAUUCAACAAUGA